AUGAGGAGCGGCUGUGCGAAGCGUGCGAGUCAAGGAUUGGCUGUUACGGUCGCGGCAUUCUUUGACCACCAAGGUUGCUUAUCUAAACCUGAAGGAUGCAGUUUUCACCGUUUAAUAGUCAAGUUACCGGCAGAGCUGAAUGCGAGUAGUACGGAGGUCGAAUUGAUAGUAGCAUUGGAUAGUGCGGACCAGACGGAUGACGGAUGCUCGCUGAUAAACGGGCCAGAGAGUAUUUCUCCUGGUUUCGAUUGGUUCAAAUAUCCCAACAAGCUGCAGCUUGCGGCUUGGUCAGAAAUGAAUGCCACGGUUGCCGACGAUGUACUGAGCCGGUUCGUGGAGUUCGCGUGUCGGAAUAUACUCUGUCACCAUCCCGGGAACAUCGUCGACAAGGACCUGGAAGUUCAACUUGCCGCUGAGGUGGCUGGCAAGUUCGGCACCCAGCUCAAGGUGGUGGUCUCGGGGGAAGACGGUACGGAAGGUGGCAGAUCGGCUCCGCAAAUGGCGGGCCGGUCCGCCGCGACUGAGUCGCUGGAAACUUCACUGGAGGUCUCCUCCUGUGCACCAGCGUCGAGACGCGAGUACUGGUCCAACGUCACGGAGUACUGGGCCGACAGAAAUCGGGUGGCGCUGCAUGGAGCGGACGCGCCUCCUGUAAACGAUGAGCAUGGAGAUGAAGCUGUUCUCCUUCAGCCGGCAGCCGCGGAGACAGCUGUCGCGGAGACGGCCGGGGGUUUCCGUGCAUUCGUGUGCCGCUGCGGAAGUGCUGUUGUCGAGGCCUUGAACAGACACCCGGCGAUCUGUAGUGUCGCGCUCACGGGCGGGAUGGCGCUCUGUUUCGUUGCUGCCUACAAGAGCUACAGCGCUGCACGCUCAAGGCGGGGUGCGAUUUGGAGGGGCGGGAGCGACGAUGCUCGCGUGUGGCCGGACCACGCGUGCUUUUUGGACCAGUGGUGUGAAUCACUCGACUGCAUGGCCGACAGCAUGGUGUGCCAGAGCCGGGCUGGGCCGGUGCCUGUCUGGUUCAACAAGCCGUGUGCCAACCUCAUGGACGUCGGCACUGAAGCUUUAAGUAACUGGUUCGACAGCGCCCUUCAGUCGGCCCACUUCAAGAGAAAGGGCCGUAGCUGGACGCAGGUCAUCAAUAGCAGUCCCACAGGCUUGAUGGUGCGACAGUUUGCCCGCAAUGACACCGAUCAUAUGUUCGUCGCCAACCUCGUCUGCUGUGCAAUUGGCCAUGACUCCACCUGCUCCCACCCAGAUCAGCCAGACUCCAUCGAAAUGUAA